AUGUCCACUCCCUCCACGGCCACUGCAACCCAUCCUUCUCACCACCAGGCUUACGGAUACCCUCACCACCCCUACCAACCGAAUACCUCUUACCCGACUUCCACCACGGGGACUCGCCUCGCGAAUCCCUACGCUUAUUCCGUCCCCUCUCCGACAACCACCACACUCCCGUACACUCAACCUCCGAGACUUCCUCCGACGACAUCGACCCCUUCGGCCAUGACCCAUCAGAGCGGCUCCAGCGUGGCUCCCUCUGUGGGAGGCCGGAAAAAGAAGCCAGAUUGGACUGAGUUCUACAAGAAUGGUCUUCCCAAGGAAGUCAUUGUGAUUGAUGAUAGUCCCGGACCAGAGUCCAACGGGGCGGCUCCUUCGGCCCAUACGUCUGUUGCGAGAGUACCUCCUGCUGUUCCGCAGCCGGCCGGCAAGAGGCGACGAACGGGGAUUGAAACCGCCUACGAUCUGGGUCACUACGACCGUCCAUCCUUUUCCAUCAACCCGCAGCAAUAUGGCGACAAGUCGUCGGCUUCAUUGUCCACGGACCGCACCACUUCGCUACACACAACCGCACCAACAUCGCUCGGUUCGCAGGGCAGCUCUGGUGCCCCCAAUGGGGUAUACUACGAGGAUGCCACUGUGGGUCAAAAGCGGAAGCGCGUCGCCACGCGUAAAUCGACUCGCGAUGAGCAGAAAAGACGAGAGUUGGAGACUACAGGCGAUGCUUUCCUGAGCUACGUACCACCUCCGAAACCACCCAUCAAGGCCAAGGAUGUUCAUGUGCCUAUCGUUCGCGAUAGCACAAGCGCUCAAAACAAGAAGUUCGACGAUGACGAUGGUCACUACAUCGUCACACCCGACACCGCGUUGACCGAUCGAUACUCCGUCAUCAGACUCCUGGGCCAAGGUACUUUUGGCAAGGUGGUGGAGGCAUAUGACAAGCACCGCAAGUCUCGCUGUGCAGUCAAAAUCAUCCGAUCGAUCCAAAAGUACCGCGAUGCUUCACGAAUUGAGCUGCGAGUCUUGUCAACUCUGUCUUCAAACGACAAGACCAACCGCAACAAAUGCAUCCACCUGCGGGAUACCUUCGACUUCAGGAAUCACAUUUGCAUUGUCACAGAUCUGCUAGGGCAAAGCGUAUUCGACUUCCUCAAGGGAAAUGCCUUUGUACCCUUCCCGAGCAGCCAGAUCCAGCAGUUCGCCCGGCAACUGUUUACAAGUGUUGCUUUCCUACAUGACCUCAACCUCAUUCACACCGACCUCAAGCCCGAAAACAUCCUGCUCGUUAGCAACGCUUACCAGACCUUUACCUACAACCGCACCAUUCCCUCUUCUUCUCAUGCCACAUCUCGCAACGCACGGCAGCGCCGAGUACUCCUCGAUAGCGAGAUCCGCCUCAUCGACUUUGGCUCGGCCACUUUUGACGAUGAAUACCACUCCUCUGUUGUUUCAACUCGCCACUACCGGGCCCCCGAAAUCAUACUGAAUCUCGGCUGGAGCUUCCCGUGCGACAUCUGGAGUAUUGGAUGUAUCUUGGUGGAGUUCUUCACCGGAGACGCCCUCUUCCAGACACAUGACAACCUCGAACACCUCGCAAUGAUGGAGGCUGUCAAUGGCAGCCGCAUCGACCAAGCGUUGGUGAAGAGAGUAAUGGCGGGUGGAAAACAAGGUGGCAGCAACUCUGCCUCAAAAUAUUUCGUCCGGAGCAAGCUCGAUUACCCCAACAAUGAAACCACUCGGGCUUCGCGGAAGUAUGUGCGCGCAAUGAAGGGGUUGACGGAGUUCAUUCCCACCAACACACCUUUCAACCGUUCAUUCCUCGACCUGCUGCAGAAGAUCUUCGUCUAUGACCCCAAAAAUCGGAUCACCGCAAAGGCGGCGCUGAAGCACCCCUGGUUCAAGGAAACGCUCGUUGACGAUGGCACUGAGGCUUACCGCAUUGGCCAGGGACUUUCUCGUCAACAACAACAACGUGCUUGA